GCAAAACCCUGCAGGACAAGUCUUUAGAUAGAAGAUGAAUCAACUGCGCAAGACCUAACUGCAUGCAUUUUAUUUAUUCAUUUCUUUAUUUUUUAAAUACUAUCCAUCCAGGCCCACUGUGCUUACAUGGUGCUAUUACACGCCAGUGCUGCGUGUGGCGCUGUGAGCAGUCGCGCUCUUCUCUCCCGCCGUGCGGUCAAAGUGCGCUCGGAGUCCUUCCCUCAAUCGGCGGCAAGGCGUGCGAGUGUGCUGCCGUAGCCUAUGCUAUUUAAAUAAAUUAAAAAUUUCUCCUGAAAUACUACUUUGGCAGUCUAGUCAUGAGUUUGCCGCUGAACCCCAAGCCCUUUCUGAACGGCCUCACGGGAAAGCCUGUGAUGGUGAAGCUGAAGUGGGGUAUGGAGUACAAGGGCUACCUGGUGUCGGUGGAUGGCUACAUGAACAUGCAGCUGGCCAACACAGAAGAAUAUGUGGAUGGAGCAUUAGCGGGUCAUCUUGGUGAGGUGCUCGUCAGGUGUAAUAAUGUUUUGUACAUAAGAGGAGUAGAAGAAGAGGAAGAAGAUGGCGAGAUGAGAGAAUGAAGAGUGACUUGAUUUCUUUUUCUAAUCAGAUUGGAUGAUUUAUUGGUUAUUUGCAGUUUGUCUCAGUUUUAUGUCUCUUUUCCUUGUAAAAUGGUUAGUUAUUUUUUACACUGUAAAAGUUAUUGGUGGCACAAUGACAAAUAAAUUGUGCUGUUUGUA